AUGAGUAUUAUUCAAGAUGUUACCGAUAGUUUCCUUGUAAAAUCGAGCAAACUAGACAGUCUUGACAACGAAAUUAUAAGGAAGGAUCUAACUUUCUUGCGCGUGGUUUUAGACGAAAUUCACAUCGGGGAAACUGAUGAUUCAUUAAAGUCGCUUUUUGAAUCCAAAGGCCUUUACGGGUUUAUAUUGGAAUAUAAAUUCCCAGUGCUUGAAUCAGUUUCGAAGACUUUAAAAGAUCGUGUUCAAGCUAACGCUAAAAGUUAUAGUAACCGCUGCAUUCACUUUCGGCACAGAAGGGUGUUUAAAUUGAGUCCCGAAAACAAAUUAUGGGCCCUUUGGAAGGAGAGCAGCGUUAGGUUCUUGCUUUAUGGCCAGUUAAAUGCCCCUGGCAAAUUUACGGCUAGUUUUUCUGUACUAAAGAAAAGACUGGGCCAUUGUGAUGUUCCGCUCUACAAAUUGUUGACUGUUCCCUUUGCAAUAUGUCAAGAUUUUUUAUUCGCAGGGCUUGGAUUUACUGGAUCAGCAAAUCUUAGAAUAGAACUGGGAUCGCAUGUUAGAUCCCUGAUGGAAAGGUUAGACGCGCUCCGAUUUCAUCGUUCGAGGCAGCCAAGUAAAUCUGGAAUGAAGAAGGCAGUGAAGUCGCUUGACCGGUCAAACAUCACGGUCGACAAGCAGCAAGAGAGAAGACGGAGUGUACCAUAUACGAGAUCGUCGAGCGGUCAUUCUUUGUCCCCUGUCAGAGCGAUGAAUGGUCGAGUAUCCUCAGCAAGCCCAAGUUGCUCGGCUUCUGGUCCACAGCUAGUACCUCAACAAACCUUAUUACCUGAGAACUAUACUGUUGAUCUCACAGUCCAUUCUGCGCGUCGAUUAUCGUCACUAAAGAGAAAAAGUGGUGAAGCUGCUCCUUCUACUUAUGUGUCCGUUAUUGCAAACGACGGCCACGUAUUAUAUUCUCCAUUGUGCAUCAAUUCUUACGAACCAAAAUUUAAUUGGACUCAAAGUUUUGAGGUAUCGAGUAAGCGUCAAAACUUGGUAGUAAAAUUAUGGAGGAAGUGUUCAUCUGAUAGCGGCAAGGUCAUAGGUUUCGUGUCUAUACCGUUGCCCCCAAAAAAUCUUUCUCAGAUUGAAUAUGAAAUGUCUAGUCUGGUGGACGACUUGGAAACGCCCAUUGUGAAAAUUUCUUUGGCUCUGUCUAAUGACCAGGACACACCGGAAUCGCUCAUUUCAUCUUCGUCACUUUCACAGUUUUCGCGAGAAGAGAUUUCUGAGAGGCUUAAGAAAGACUUGUUCGAUCUGGAAAUACUUAUGCAAGAACUACAGACUUGA